AUGACAUUUGGCGACGAGGGUAAACUAACUUUCGGCAACAUCACUUCUUGCAACCAAUAUCACCAAUCAAAUCCGCCAGAGGGCAAUGUUGUUGCACUGUGUGGGCGAGGAACUGUUCACGAUAUUCGAAAUAUCCCUGAUCGAGGCGCUGCUGAUGAUUACGCUGCGUGCAAGAAUGCAAUCAAAGCAUAUUUUCAACCAGCCAAGAACGUUGAAUUCGAAACCUACAGCUUUCGUCAGGCUCGGCAAAAGCCGGAUGAAUCGACUGACCAGUAUCAUGUUCGGCUCCGAAAACUGAGCAUUCAUUGUGAGUUUCAUGAUGUGGAUCGUGAGAUUAAAUCGCAGAUCGUACAAACUUGUCGUGACUCUGAAGUUCGUCAAAAGGCUUUGCGGGACCCCAACCUCACCUUACAGCAACUCUUAGCCUAUGCUAGGGCUAGAGAGGCUAGCGGGGUUCAGGCCAAGGCUAUGGUUGAUGGACACGAAACCGUUAUCAAGAAAGUGGAGUCACAGAACAAUCGAUCGAAACCAAAAAAGUUUGUACCCAAAGCAAAACCGAAGUCGAAAGACUUAACUUGUGGCUUGUGUGGGGGACCGUACCCUCAUGAGAACGAAUGCCCUGCAAAGGGGAAAAGCUGCAAUAACUGUGGUAUCAUGAACCAUUAUGCUAGGGUUUGCCGGAAAUCGAAACAGGCAAAACAGGGAACUCAGGCUGGUCAAUCAGCAAAACCGAGAUUCAGCCAAAGGCACAAGCAGCAUCAUGUUGGUGAUGACGAUACGUACGGUUACAGCAAUAAUCAGAACCGGCCUUGGGAGGACACUUACAACUUGUUCAAUACGGAGUCCGAGGAUCCAAACAAGUUCCCUAAGCGUAGAAAGCAGGCAUGGGCAGAGUCGCCUAUCACGCCAUAUACCGUCGAUGCUAUAAUCAAUGGCGUGAAUAUAACGUUUGAAGUCGACACCGGGGCUUCAAAAACCAUUGUGAGUCAGGAUGAGUUCGAUAGACUGCGCACAGGGACAGAAACUUUAAAUCUUGAACCAGCUUCGGUGAAGUUACGUACGUAUACUGGCGAAGAAUUUCGACCAUCAGGCAUGUGUGUAGUUCCUGUUACGUAUGAGGACCAACAGGCGGAGCUGUCUAUCCUAGUCGUGCCCGGAGAUCGUCCAAAUCUGCUAGGACGAGACUGGAUGUCAAAAUUGUGUCUGAAGUGGCAAACAAUUUUCGAGACUCAUUCUGUGCAUGAGAAGAUAAAUCAGCGCAUCAGUGAAAUAAAAGUUGUGUUGUCGAAGUAUCGCGACUUGUUUAAACCAGGCCUGGGCAAGAUCAAAACCAAGGCAAAACUACAUAUCGAUCCAAACGUAGUACCGGUAUUUCAUAAAGCGCGUCCAGUACCGUAUGCACUUCUCGAGGCAAUUGAUAAGGAACUUGACAGAUUGUUAGCUCUGGGUAUCAUUGAACCUGUGGCUCAAUCCGACUGGGCUGCACCGAUCGUGCCUGUUCGUAAACCAAAUGGGCAAGUUCGUAUCUGUGGUGAUUUUAAACUCACUGUCAAUCAGGCUACCAGGGGGAACCAAUACCCAAUACCAAAGAUAGCUGAUCUGUAUGCUAAGUUGGCCGGAGGGCAGACCUUUACCAAGAUUGAUAUGUCGGAUGCCUACCUACAGAUGGAGCUAGACGAUGCUUCGAAAGAACUAGUAGUUAUCAACACACACCGUGGGUUAUUUCGCUAUAACCGUCUAGCGUUCGGCAUUUCUUCCGCCCCUGGCAUCUUUCAGAGAACAAUGGACAAUCUAUUACAAGGACUUGAUCAUGUCGUUGUGUACCUCGACGAUAUCUUAGUUACGGGCAAGACCGCUCAGGAACACCUGGCUAAUCUCGAGAAAGUUCUGAAACGGCUGCUAGACGCAGGGUGGCGGUUAAGAGAAGAGAAAUGUACAUUCAAUGCUGAUGCUGUUGUGUACUUGGGUCACCGCAUUGAUAAGGAUGGCUUGCAUCCUGUCCCCGAAAAGGUUGAGGCCAUUGUCAAAGCACCACCACCGGAGAACAUCCAACAACUGCAGGCAUAUCUCGGAAUGCUGAACUAUUAUGAACGGUUCUUGAGAAAUCGUGCAACCGUGUUGGAACCAUUACAUGAACUCUUGCGCAAGAAAGGGUCCUGGCAUUGGGGUCCUGAUCAGCAGAAAGCUUUUGUGGUUUCUAAGGAACUGUUACAAUCAUCGAAAAUCCUUGUGCAUUAUGAUCCAGCAAAGGAGAUAAUCGUAGCUCCAGACGCGUCACCUUACGGACUUGGUGCGGUAUUGUCUCAUCCUGGUGAAAUCAAAGGACAGGACCGACCUGUCGCGUAUGCUUCACGUUCCUUAUCGUCUGCUGAACGCAACUACUCGCAACUGGAAAAGGAGGCGUUAGCGUUGAUUUUUGCGGUCAAAAAGUGGCACCAGUACUUAUGGGGAAGAACUUUUACCUUGUUGACGGAUCAUAAACCGUUAGUAGGUUUGUUGCAUCAAGACAAACCAAUACCACCAACGGCCGCACUGCGCAUACAAAGGUGGGCUCUAACUCUGUCCGCAUAUGACUAUAAAAUCGUCUAUCGUCCAGGGCAACAGAAUGGUAACGCGGAUGGCCUAAGUCGACUACCAGCGUCGCCCCCACCAGCUUCUCCACCACCGGCAGAGUUCAUUCAUGCAUUGGAUCAGAUUGACACCACUGUCGUUACGCACACCAUGAUCGCCACCUGGACCAUCAGACAUCCUGUGUUGGCCAAUGUUCGAAAGUUCAUCCUUUCAGGAUGGCCUAAGCGGGUUGAUAAGCAAUAUCAGCCAUAUUUCUAUCGUAGAAAUGAACUAACUCUACACGAGGGUUGUAUCUUGUGGGGUGCUCGGGUCAUCGUGCCUCCACAAGGUCAUCGUCAGCUCCUGGAGGAGUUGCACUUGGCACAUCCAGGCAUGGUCAGGAUGAAAAAACUGGCUCGAUCAUAUAUCUGGUGGCCAAACUUGGAUGAGGACAUUGAGCAGAAAGUGAAAGAUUGUCAGAGUUGUCAACAGCAUGUGAAGAAACCAACCGCCGCUCCGCUUCACCCAUGGGAAUGGCCUGGUAAACCAUGGUUCCGUCUUCAUAUCGAUUUCGCUGGACCAUAUGAGGGAAAAAUGAUUCUCAUCAUUGCAGACGCACAUACCAAGUAUAUCGAUGCUCAUGUGCUCAACUCUGCAACGUCGUUGAACACUAUUGGCAAACUGAAAGCAACAUUUGCAGUGCACGGAUUACCGCAUAUUAUCGUUUCGGACAAUGGUUCGAAUUUCACUAGUCAAGAGUUCCGGGACUUCUGCAAGAGUAACGGAAUACGUCAUAUCUUCACAGCACCCUAUCACCCGGCCAGUAAUGGGCUCGCUGAACGCGCUGUUCAGACUAUCAAGAGUGGACUGUCAAAGUCAUCGAAAUCGCAAUCGCUGGAAUCUCGUCUCCUGGAGGUUCUUUUCCGUUAUCGUAUAACGCCCCAUGCUACCACUGGCAUGGCACCAUGUGAGCUCCUCAUGCAUCGUCAGCUUCGCUCUAGAUUGGAUUUGGCAGUACCAGACCUGUCAUCAUCUGUGUUACGUGGUCAAACUGCCAUGAAAUCGCGUCAUGAUACGAAGGCUAAAGCCAGGGAAUUUAGCGUUGGUGACGCAGUUUUCGCUAAGAACUUUGCUGAUCGUGGUCUGAACUGGUAUCCGGGACGCAUCACAUCAAGAUCAGGACCGGUAUCAUACACUAUUCGUUUGAAGGAUGGUCGCGUGUGGCGCCGCCAUCAGGAUGCUAUACGUCUCAACGAGGCACAGGAGGACACAUCGGUUGAACACGAGACACAACCACCGCAGGUUGUGCCAACUCAACAACGGGAUGAAAUCGUGUCACAACCACCGCAGGUUGUGCCCAUUCCACAACGGGAGGAAAUUCAGGGAAAUCCGAGAGAUUCCGAUUCUGUGGUCACUAGGACACCGCAGGCUGCUACUCCACCAGUAGUUGCCCCACCUUCGCCAUCUGCUGGACCGCCACAGCAACCUCUUCGUAGGUCCAGUCGGGUCAGCCAUCCGCCAGAUAGGCUUGACCUGUAACGCUAAUCAAUAGGCGUCUAAGGUGUAGGCGGAUCGCUGCCUUAGUAUGUCAAUCCUUUGUUAAUUCUGCUGCGAGUGUGGCUCUUGACAUUCAUUCAAUAUGAGUACCUAAUCAUUCUUAUGUUGAACUUGUAAUUGCAUAUGGAUAUUGUGUGUUCCAUUUUCAUUAUUGUUCAGUUGAGUUAAGCAAUCGUUUAUAACUGAGUAAUUGUAGUGUUGGUAUUCCAGAUAAUUAUACUUACCUCCAGCAGUGAGCAGAUUUGCUGUGUACUGAAUAUAGUGUUAGCACAUUCGAGUGUAAAUCAAAUCCUAUAGACAAUUGGAUUAUUUAGAGACUAUGUGUAUAGACUUAUCCUAGUCAGUGGGUUUCCAGUUACAGUGUUAUUAGGUUUUGAUCAAGCUCACGUAUCAUGGACUGGCAUCUUCUGGGGGUGAGGAAUGUUGGAUACUGUGUUAUGUUACACCCUGUAUAAUAAUAUCAGUAGUGGUCGCACAAAUGUGCUUGUGUUGUAGCCAUCUGGGGCUUGUCACAACUUCCGGUAUAAUCACCAAUAAACCAGUUUACUGUUGUUAUGAAAUCCAUCUAUAGUUCCUAAAUCUGAUAUCUUCCAAGGAUCAAGACAUGACAGAAAUACAUCCAAACAACAUAUAUAUACAGUUAAAAGUGCAUAAAAAUCCCGUUUCAACCUCCGGGCGCUACCUUUUUUUCUCCGCCAGACGCCGGGCCCUACCGGUAGUUAUUUAGUGCGACCGCCACCAGAGUGUUUAUCACGAUCUUUCGCCGUUUUAAUCGCGCGUUUUAGGCAGAUUAAUCAAUUAUUACAUGCAUGCAUUAUAUAUCACCGAAAUGAUAAUUGCGUAGGCUAUUUGAAACUAAGUUCAGAUAUUAUUUUUGAUCUUUGAAUUGAAUUUAGGUGAGUGGUUUUUGA